AUGGAGCCGGAGGCUCCAGCAGCCGUGCUGGCCGAGCUGCAGCGCGUGCUCGAGCAGGCCUGCGAGGCGCUGGGCUGCCAGGAGGAGGGGCGCUUGCAGGAGGCCGUGCAGGGCUUCUUCCUGGCCCGCUCGCGCGUGCGCUACGUGGCGGAGGCGCUGCUGCGGCCGCUGCUGGAGGAGCAGCCCGGCGACGGCGGCCUGGCCCUCACCGCCGCCGCCUGCACCCUUCUGGAGGACACCUACAGCCAGGCGGUCGAGCGGCUGACCCGGGGCGGCGGCCUGUGCAGCGCCGACUCGUCACACGAUGCAGAGGGCACGCGGAACACAGGGGAGGAGGAGGAGGAGGGGGAGGAGGGAGCGGCAGGAGGCGGGCUCUUUGGCGCGCAGCGCCGCAGCGCCGGCGCGGGGCUGCUGGAGGCGCGCGGCACGGCAGGCGCCGGCCGCCAGCAGCAGGCGCAGGAGCGGCGCCGGCUGUCGGCUGUGGCCCAGGAGUGUGUGCAGGAGGUGGCUGGCAGCCUGGAUGAGGUGGAGCUGCGGGAGGCGGUGCUGCUGCCGAUGCGCUUCCCGCAGCUCUUCACCGGCAUCCGCCGCCCGCAGUGCAACCUGCUUUUCCACGGCGCACCCGGCACAGGCAAGACGAUGCUGGUUGAGAAGCUGGCGGCCGAGGCGGGCACCCCGCUGCUGUGCCUGAGUCCCGCCGCCACGCUGUCCAAGUGGGCGGGGGAGAGCGAGAAGCGGCUGCGGGCGGCGUUCCAGGCGGCCGCCGCCCUCAGCCCCGCCAUCCUGUUCAUUGAUGAGGUGGACAGCCUGGCGCCGGCAAGGGGCGCCGCCCUGCCGGGCGGCCUGCAGCCGUGGCCGCGCACGCGGCGCCGGCCCGCACGCGGCGCGCCACACCUGCACGCGUGA